UCUGGCUGCUUCCUGCUUGCUGGCCUUGUUGCAGACGAGGAGUCGGUGGCAGAAAGAGAGUGGCUGGCGCUGCGGGCGAUUACACGGCACUCGGUGGGCGGAGGAGGAAGCGUGCGCUAGCCUAGGACGCCUGUGGCCGCCUCAAGACGCUGCUCCGGGUACAAUGAGGAGGAAAUCUCGCAUUCUUCUGUGCUUCGCCUUCCUUUGGGUGCUUGGCAUUGCCUACUACAUGUACUCGGGCUCCUCUGUCAACAACCGGAAGGAGGCCUGGAAUGAAAUUGGUGCAAUCAAGAAAAGAGAUCCUCACAGCGUCGGUGAAGACGAGAGAGCUCAAAGUUUGGAAACUCUUCCACCAGAUAAUGCCUUCAAAUCUUUAUUUGAAAAGGGGAAGUUUUCACAAAAAUUUAUAGGUAAGGUUCGGUGGCAAGAUUUUGAUCAAGAAGAAUAUGUUGGAGUCACUGCAGUUCGGCCAGGUCAAGAUGCUUAUGCAAGGAACAAAUUCAAUCAAGUGGAAAGUGACAAAUUACGUAUGGACAGAAGUGUUCCUGAUACAAGACAUGAUCAAUGUCAUAGGAAACAUUGGAGGACUGAUCUACCAUCAACCAGUGUUGUGAUAACGUUUCAUAAUGAGGCCAGGUCUGCAUUACUCCGCACAGUAAUCAGUGUAUUAAAAAAGAGUCCCGUUCCCCUCAUAAAAGAAAUUAUAUUGGUUGAUGAUUACAGUGACAGUGCUGAAGAUGGGGCUUUGCUUGGGAAGAUUGAGAAGGUGCGAGUACUUAGGAAUGACAGACGGGAAGGUCUUAUGCGUUCUCGUGUUAAGGGAGCAGAUGCAGCCCAAUCUAAAGUUCUCACUUUCCUUGAUAGCCACUGUGAAUGUAACGAACACUGGUUGGAGCCCCUCCUUGAGAGAGUUGCUGAGGACAGAACUAGAGUUGUGUCUCCUAUAAUUGAUGUGAUUAAUAUGGACAACUUCCAAUAUGUUGGCGCAUCAGCAGAUUUAAAAGGAGGUUUUGAUUGGAACUUAGUUUUUAAAUGGGAUUAUAUGACUCCAGAGCAAAGACGAGCACGGCAAGGAAACCCGGUAGCAUCAAUCAAAACUCCAAUGAUUGCUGGAGGGUUGUUUGUGAUGGACAAAUCCUACUUUGAAGAAUUGGGGAAAUAUGAUAUGAUGAUGGACGUUUGGGGUGGGGAAAAUUUAGAGAUUUCAUUCCGUGUGUGGCAGUGUGGUGGAAGUCUGGAAAUAAUCCCCUGCAGUAGGGUAGGCCAUGUGUUUCGUAAGCAACAUCCAUACACAUUUCCUGGUGGAAGUGGAACUGUGUUUGCCAGGAACACCAGACGAGCUGCUGAGGUGUGGAUGGAUGAAUACAAGAAUUUCUACUAUGCUGCUGUACCAUCAGCCAGAAAUGUACCAUUUGGAAAUAUUCAAAGUCGUACAGAGCUGAAGAAAAAGCUGGGCUGUAAGCCUUUCAAGUGGUAUUUGGAAAAUGUUUAUCCUGAGCUAAGAGUUCCUGACCAUCAAGAUAUUGCAUUUGGAGCUUUGCAGCAAGGUACAAACUGCCUUGAUACACUUGGUCAUUUUGCAGAUGGAGUUGUUGGUGUUUAUGAGUGCCAUAAUGCUGGCGGCAAUCAGGAAUGGGCUUUAACAAAGGAUAAAUCUGUGAAGCAUAUGGAUCUUUGUCUUACUGUUGUGGAAAGAGCACCAGGUUCACUUAUAAAACUUCAAGGCUGCAGAGAAAAUGACAGCAGACAAAAAUGGGAGCAAAUUGAAAACAACUCCAAAUUGAGGCAUGUCGGAAGUAACUUUUGCCUAGACAGUCGAAAUGCCAAAACCGGUGGUCUAACAGUAGAAGCUUGCAGUCCUUCUUUAUCUCAGCAGUGGAAGUUUUCACUCAAUCUACAACAGUAGAAGUCUCAAAUGUUGGAAUAAUGGGUGGGGGAAUGACCAUAAUUUCAUGGACAUAAAUUAUGAAUGCAUUGCAGAUGUAUAUGUUAAACAUUCUGCGGAUUUAUAUACCUCAGUAUUCCAUCUUGGCUUGGAUUUUAGAAGAACAAUGAGUGUGAGAGAGAUCAAAACAAGGGCCUUCUACAAGUCUGUGUUGUAUGAGAAGUAUUUAAAUGUUGCACAUAGAGGUCCAGCCCCCCAAACAGGAUAAACUGCAGAACUUUCUACUUUAGAAUACGCAGGAAUGGAGGUAUACACUUGAAAAGAUCAAGGAAUGGAACAUCAUAUCUAUCUGUUCGUGUGUGUAAGAAAUAGGUUCCCAUGGACACACAGUUUGUUUGGUUGCUCUUGCUUUUAUUCCCCCAUUUCAAUAUUUCAGCGCUAAAAAGUGUCAAAGUGUUCAUGCAAUGUUUGUUUCAUUUUCUCUUCAUGUCUGUGUUCCUUAAGGGCCCAUCCACAUGUCCGUAGAAUUGGUCUGGAUCCUUUUCGCAACGUUGCGAAACGAAUCCGCACCCAUUCAUUCUCUAUGGGGCCAGAAUAGAUGCGGACAGCACACAAUGUGCUGUCCGCAUCCGCACAUCCGGAGCGUGGCCCCGAUCUUCCGGUCCGCGGCUUCCGAAAAAUAUAGAACAUGUUCUAUUCU